AUGGCGGCGAGGAGGGCGGCGCUGCUCGUCGCUGUCCUCCUUCUGCACCAAGCGGUGUCUUCGCUUGCUGGAAAGUGCUACUAUGAAAUACUGCAAGUGUCAAAGGGUGCGUCAGAGGAACAAAUCAAGAGGGUCUACCGCAAGCUUGCUCUGAAAUACCACCCUGACAAGAACCCCAACAAUGAGGAAGCCGGCAGGCGGUUUACCGAGAUCAACAAUGCCUACGAGGUCUUGACGGAUCAGGAGAAGAGGAAAGCCUAUGACUGGUACGGUGAGGAGGGUUUGGAGCAAUUCCAAGGCAGGCACAAUGAUGGUGAUGGUGGUCAUGCUAUGAACAUCGAACACGUGUUUAGCAAUUUUUUUGGUGGUGGAGGUAUGGAACAGGAGGAAGAACGAACUUUAAAGGGUGAUGAUGUCAUUGUUGAAUUGGAUGCUUCGCUAGAGGACUUGUAUAUGGGUGGUUCCUUAAAGGUUUGUGAUACAUGCCCAAAUGUGAAGUACAUAAGAGAAGGGGAUUUCAUUAGUGUUGAUAUUGAAAAGGGGAUGCAAGAUGGACAGGAAAUUUUAUUUUACAAGGAUGGUGAACCUAAGAUUGAUGGAGAGCCUGGUGAUUUGAAGUUUAAAAUUCGGAUAGCACGGUAUGAGCGCUUCAGAAGAGAAGGCAACGACCUACACACAACAGUGGAAAUCUCAGUGUCAGAAGCUCUUGUUGGAUUUGAGAAGAACGUAAAGCACCUUGACAACCAUGCCGUGGAAAUCGGGACCAUGGUAACUUGGCGGUGA